UGUCACUGAUUGGUUAUUCCAUUACAGACCCGGAAGCGGUAGGACGAGCCAAUCGUGAGCGCCGCCGGGACGUCCCGGGCUUCAGGCUGUUUAUACUUCUUUGUGCCGGUGCCGAACUGUGACUGUCACUAUGGGGGAGUCGGACCGCUUCUGCUAUGUGUAUAGUUGUGACCUGGAUAUCAGCGUGAGGCUCAAAAUAGGGAGUCUGGAAGGGAAGAGGGAACAGAAGAGCUACAAGGCUGUGCUGGAAGAUCCGAUGCUCAAGUUCUCAGGACUCUAUCAGGAAACCUGUUCUGAUCUCUAUGUCACCUGCCAGGUGUUUGCUGAGGGAAAACCUCUCGCUCUGCCUGUGAGAACCUCUUACAAAGCUUUCAGCACCAGAUGGAAUUGGAACGAGUGGCUGAAGCUCCCCGUGAAGUAUGCGGACUUGCCCAGAAGUGCCCAAGUCGCUCUGACUAUCUGGGAUGUGUAUGGGCCCGGGAAAGCCAUUCCAGUUGGUGGCGCCACUGUGUCUUUAUUUGGGAAAUAUGGAAUGUUCCGCCAAGGGAUGCACGACCUUAAGGUGUGGCCAAAUAUUGAAGCGGACGGAUCGGAGCUGACCAAAACUCCCGGUAGAACGAACAGCUCUGCCUCUGAAGACCAAAUGAGCCGUCUGGCCAAGGGGCCCAACAAGGAGAGAAUGGAGGAGCUCACCAAGGCUCACCGGCAAGGUCACAUGGUGAAAGUUGAUUGGCUGGACAGAUUAACCUUUCGAGAGAUUGAAAUGAUUAAUGAGAGCGAGAAACGCAGUUCGAAUUUUAUGUACCUGAUGGUGGAGUUUCCCUGCGUAAAAUGCGACGAAAAAGAGUACGGGAUUGUCUACUAUGAGAAGGACGGUGACGAAUCGACUCCGAUCUCCACAAGCUCAGAGAUUGUUAGAGUUCCGGACCCUCAGAUGUCAAUGGAGAAUCUAGUGGAGAUCAAGCAUCACAAGCUGGCCCGGAGCCUCAGGAGCGGCCCAUCCGACCACGAUCUGAAGCCGAAUGCGGCAACGCGGGAUCAGCUUAACAUCAUUGUCAGUUACCCCCCGACCAAGCAGCUCACGUCGGAGGAACAAGACCUGGUGUGGAAGUUCCGAUCCUACCUGACCAGUCAGGAGAAGGCUCUGACCAAGUUCCUGAAGUGCGUCAACUGGGACCUGCCCCAAGAAGCCAAACAAGCCCUGGAGCUGCUGGGAAAAUGGAAGCCGAUGGACGUGGAGGAUUCUCUGGAGCUGCUCUCCUCCCAUUUCACCAACCCAACGGUGCGACGUUACGCAGUCGCAAGGCUCCAGCAAGCCGACGAUGAGGACCUGCUGAUGUACCUGUUACAGUUAGUACAAGCGCUGAAGUAUGAGAAUUUUGAAGACAUAAAGAGUGGCUUAGAGCCAACCAAGAAGGACAGUCAAGGACCUAUGUUGGAGAGCAUGACCACCUCUGGAAUAAACCCAGAAACAGACAGUUCCCAGAUCUUAUCGAAUCCUCUCCCCGCAGUAUCAUCUCCUGCACCACCUUCUAAGACCAAGGACGGUUUAGAUGCUGAGACUCUAGAACAAGACCUCUGCACUUUCUUGAUAUCAAGAGCCUGCAAGAACUCCACGCUGGCCAACUAUUUAUACUGGUAUGUUAUAGUGGAAUGUGAGGAUCAGGACACCCAGCUGAGAGACCCAAAGACUCAUGAAAUGUACCUGAAUGUGAUGAGACGGUUUAGUCAGGCCUUACUGAAGGGUGAUAAGUCGGUCAGGGUGAUGCGCUCUCUCCUCGCCACGCAGCAGACGUUUGUAGACAGACUGGUCCAUCUGAUGAAGGCAGUGCAGCGUGAAAGUGGCAAUCGUAAGAAGAAGAAUGAGAGGCUCCAGGCCUUACUGGGUGAUAAUGAGAAGAUGAACCUGUCUGAGUUUGAGCCAAUCCCUCUCCCUCUAGAGCCGCAAGUAAAAAUCCGGGGGAUCAUUCCAGAAAAGGCCACACUGUUCAAGAGCGCCCUCAUGCCGGCCAAGCUCUACUUCAAGACUGAAGAUGGAGGCAAGUACCCCGUGAUAUUCAAAAAUGGAGACGAUUUACGGCAAGAUCAGCUGAUUCUACAGAUUAUUUCCCUGAUGGAUAAGCUGCUUCGCAAGGAGAAUCUGGAUCUGAAACUGACGCCUUACAAGGUUCUGGCAACGAGCACUAAGCACGGAUUCAUGCAGUUCAUUCAGUCUGUGCCAGUUGCAGAGGUUCUAGCCACAGAAGGCAGCAUACAGAACUUUUUUAGGAAAUAUUCCCCAAGUGAGAAGGGACCUUAUGGAAUAAGCGCUGAGGUUAUGGACACGUAUGUAAAAAGUUGUGCUGGUUACUGUGUCAUUACAUAUAUCCUUGGUGUUGGAGACCGACAUCUGGACAACCUCCUGCUAACCAAAACAGGAAAACUGUUCCACAUUGAUUUUGGGUACAUUCUGGGAAGAGACCCCAAGCCCCUGCCACCACCCAUGAAACUCAACAAAGAAAUGGUGGAAGGAAUGGGAGGGACUCAGAGUGAGCAGUACCAGGCUUUCCGCAAACAGUGUUACACCGCGUUCUUGCAUCUCCGCAGGUAUUCCAAUUUGAUCCUUAACUUAUUCUCUCUCAUGGUUGAUGCCAACAUCCCCGAUAUUGCAUUAGAACCAGAUAAAACAGUUAAAAAGGUGCAGGACAAAUUUAGACUGGAUCUGUCUGACGAGGAGGCUGUACAUUACAUGCAGACUCUCAUUGACGACAGUGUCAACGCUCUCUUCGCAGCUGUGGUUGAACAGAUACACAAAUUUGCUCAGUACUGGAGAAGAUAGAGGCUGCUGCUUUUGCCAUUAAAAAGAGGAAAUACCUACAACAAACAUACUGGAAUCACUCCCAUGCUCUCCUGUAAUCUUUGGGUAAAAAGUUCAGGGCACUGUUAAGCUUCACAACAUGACUCCCAAUUUAAUUCUUUGUCUCCUUUCUCAUUUGACUGGUGAUACAGAAUAAUGGCCGGUGGCUCUAUAUUUGUAUAUAUGUCUGUUGAAAAUGGAAGAUUGUGCCAGCAAUGCCUAAAAUAUCUUUAAAUGGUGACCUGAAUCAGUAGGCUAUUUAUGUAUGUGCCAUUUGGCCAAGAGAUGUUUUGGAUGCCGAAUUUUUUCCAGCGUUGGAUAAAUCCCAUUUUGCAGAUUUAAUAAAAACAAUGAAUGGAAUCGAGAGGGAUUGUCAGCAGUAGCAUGUUUUCUCCAAUUUUCCUAUUAUUUUGAAGAACUCCAAGAGAUGUUUGGAGACCCAAUGUUUGAACCAUUUCAAUGCGAGAGAGAGAUUCCACAUUACACAUCAGUUAAAUGCUGUUUUUAUUAUUGGUUAAUAAUAAUGAAACUAAAUAGCUGUAAGUCAUCAUGAAAAGAGACCUAAUGAUGUUGGAAAUAUUUAAGUAUAGGUGGAGCUUAACCAUGAAUGUCUGUUACUGUUUAAGGGGAAUAUUUUACAAAAACAAAAUAAGUUUAAUGCAGAUUAACUGUAGUUUACUGUAUGGCACAUGAGGCAUGACAGGUGGCUCUGGCACAACCUAAAGUUUAUACUGGGUGGGAAAUAGCCUUUUACAAGAGAUUAUAUCCUAAAAUGUACCUUCAGAAUUGUGCUUUUUGGUAUCUCUACGUACUUGUAGGAAAUACACUUAUGUUUCUGCUGGACUGGGGAAUAGCAAUGCAAAUAUAGGUUUACUGUAUCUCUGUACAGACUUUGAGAACAUAUGCAAGGCUGUUUCUUCUGAAAUGAGUUUGGUACAUGUGAAUUUAUACUGGGAAUUAAGGAGGAAUAUGUCUGUACUUAUGAUAAAACAUGGUAGGGGAUGACCUUCUAGUGUUAUGCACAAUGAAUUAAUUACUGACCAUUUUUUAUAUUUCCAGUUAUAUCAAACCAUGAACUCUAGUGUUGUCCAUUAGGCCAUCAUCUAUACUUGUUUCUUGCAUAGCAGAUGGAUGGUUGUAGAUUUUAUUGAUGAGGGUUCUAGCCAGUGAGCCAGGCAAAAUAAUUGCCCAAUUAAUGUAGUUGUGUUGUGUAUGCCACAGUCAACCUUGGUAUUGCUCUGAUAAUGCCCCUAGACCAUGAAGCACCUUUACAUUGACAUUGGAAAGCUGAACUGUAGUUUCUCUUGGGUUUUUUUUCUAAGGAUUAGAAGCUAAACCAAUUAAAACUGAAAUUCACAAUUAGCAUUUAGUUUGAAUGUUGUAUCCUUGCUACAUUAUAUGGAAGUCUAUGCCACCCCCCUCUGCACUUUACAGCUACAAUAGUCCUUUGCAAGUUCAUCCAAGUCUUGUGCUUGAGGACAAUUCUUGCUGGUUGGGUUGGAUUGUGAUGGAUAAUAGCUGUAUCCCAAAUACAAGUUCUGCUUUACACAGUAGGAAGUACAUUCACUGUUGGCUUGGGUUCUUCAUUCUGGGAACUGCCUGCAGAAUGUCCAACCUCUUUCUUUACAUUGAAGAGACAAGGAUUAUAGAGUUUCUGUCAGACUGAAAUGUAUCCAGAACAAUAACAACUCUUGUGGUUGUGAUUGGGUGUUUUUUUUUAUAAAGUAUAACCACAUCAGUUACCUUGACCUUGAAAUAGUGGAAGAAGAAAUACUUACCCUUAGAGGUUACUAAGAAAAUGGUCUCUCAUGGAGAGGUUUUAUUCAGUAUUACAUACUAGUUAAUACUUUUUUUUGAAUGUUUUGCAUGAGUACAAAUAAAGUCAUGGCUCAGAGGCCUGAUAAUUGCUACAGAGUCAUGUUAUACUUACAACCUUAUUUUCCUCCAUUGCCCAGAGCUAAGGCUUGGGACAAGCCAGUAUUUAAAGAUUAUUUCCUCUGUAGGAACAUUUAACUGUUGUUGUUAAUAUAAGAAGCAGUGAUGCACUAAAUCCUAAUUAACAUAUGCAAAUUAGCAACAUUGCCAAUUGCAGCAUGCAAAAAAAAAAAUAUUCAUCUUCAGUUUGCAUGCGGUCUAAAGACAAAUUAUAUUUAGGAUUCCUUUUGGUUUGGCUAGGGCAUCACUUAUAUACAGUAGACUCAUCAAAUUCUAUUCCUAUUACUGUUGAAUUAUUGGAGACCCUUUUGUCCUAGUUCCGCUCCUCUGUAUACAAAUAUUUGUAUGCUGAAAUGCUUAUGUUAUUGAGACAAAGUUUUAAUUAAAGAAGGUUAAUUCA